UCCAAAUGUGGGUCGCGCUAUCCCCUACGCCACCACAGCACGCCCAGCCAAUCAGUUUUAAGUGAAUGGACUACCUGGGCUUGAGAUGAUGGUACUUGUUCCAUAAAAAAACAAAAACCCUCUAGUCUUACUCAUCCAGAGGUUAUUCACUGGGUUAAAAUUUCUCACGCAAGAAAUAACACACCACUUUCCUAGUCUGUUUGCUCGCUUCCAAAAGUUAUGCCUCGCUUGAAUGAUGUUUUCACUCUAUUUCUCCUCACUCUGUGGUGUGAGCAGACUGACCCCCCCCCCUUCAUGACUCCCAUCGUGAUUCUGCCCAUUUCCACUCAUUUAGUCCUUUUGUUUGUGCCCAGUACUCUUCUAGCAGGUAUCCAAUUUCAAAGUCUCGUGCGGACACUUCGGACCUUUAUAAAUGCCCUCUUUCUUCUUGCCUCUUUAUGCCUUCAGAUCACAGUAACACAGCCCCCACGCCUCCCUCCGUGAUCCUUGCAGUUGCGGGGACAUUCCGAAAUUCCUUAAAAGGACUUGCACUGGAAAGAUCAAAGAACAUCACUUCUAAAAAUUGAACAUUGACUUCUUUUUGUUUUAACGACUUGACGAGCUGUUGUUGAUCCCAAUCUCCCUCAACCCUUCCUUGCUUGGCAGAUCAAGCAAUCUUGACCAUUUUCGUCCUGCACGUUUAUAGAGUUCUAACAGAAUGUAUUAAGUUUCAUAACACUUAUAAAACAUUACAUGUGGCGCUGUGUACAUAAAGCAAUAGGCAAAGCUGCAAAUACACACAUGAUCCAAGAAACUGGAAAGGAAUGAAAGAAGGGAGUUGAAAAUGCACUGGAGAAUAAAGUAUGUGAGAGAGGCGAGGGGAGGCGAGGGGGAGAGAGAGGAGUGGGAGGAGCGGGGAACAGGAGAGGUAUGCUCUGCUGGUGAAUUGGGAGAGGAAAACCACAGGAAGGAGUUAGAGGGAGGGAAGACAAGAGAGGAGGGAGUAGAAAAAAAUUACAGGGAGGGAGAGGCCAGACCAGGGCGACUGUAGAAGCAAAUGUUUCCUGUGAGAGGAGGAAAGCCUGAUGAGUGUGUGCAUCGUACCUGAGGACUCCAUUAAGUGUGACAUGUCAUGUAUGUUUUAACUGUGUAGGAGUUCAUGAGAAAAAAGCUCAUGUGGUGUCUCGAAGCUAACCUUGCGCAAGUUUCUAGAGACAUGCACACCUAAACGUUUGCAGGCCUUAGAGUUUGAGAGCGCACAUUUGCAGGACCAAAUGCAGUCUUCUUAAAUGCAAGUUUUUCUUGUAGUCACAGUCUGUGCUCUGCUGGGGAUGGAAGUUGUGAGACAUGUUGCAAGCUGCUGGAGGUUAGAGGUUUAGGCAUUGCUGAGCGUCUUUCCGGCAUAGCGUGACUCUGGCGGGCGUGCGUGUCUGGACGCAUGUGGCGAAGGUCCGACGGCGUAUGUGCGUGCUGCAACGGUGCUCCCAAGCAGCAGCCCGUGUGCGAGUGUGCGCAUGAGAAAAGUCAGCGAGGUUGCAGCGGAACGACAAACCAGUGUGGUGAAGAAGUUGGCAUAGAGAGCAGCCGGGACCCUAAACACUGACUUCAUUGUGGUUUAGCCUCUGCCUUAUAUUCUGCCGGGGGAUUGUGUCAGUGAUUGCGGAAGAAUUUGUGGCGACAGCUAGUUUCUGGGAGCCCGAGGGAGGAGGCGCGCAUGUGGCUGGAAGGUUGCUGGUUUGAAUCCAGCCAGUAUAAAAAAAAAAACGUAAAUCAAGAAUGUCGUCGCUGCCAGCUGUCAUUAGUGAGCCGUGCAGAGGGACACCCAGUCGAGGUUUAGCAGCUGUGUCGCAAAAAAAAUUAACUGAAAAAAAUAAAAUAAAACUACGUUCAAACGAAGGUGUCUGGCGCCAUUUAAGAGGCUGAAAAACUUGUGUCCAGAAAAAACAGAUGCCUGCUGAAACUUUUCCACUUGGGGUGCAGGGUUUCAAGUAAAAGUAAAAAGAAAAAGAAAAAAAAAAGUUUCCAAGACAGAUUUGCUGGCAAAUUUUGAAGAAAAAACAAACCAAUAACAGCUCAAAUUCUGACUUUGCUUCUUUGCGUUUUAGAAAGGCUGGAGUGUCGCUCCGCUGCUUUGCCUCGUUGGUCUUUUUGUGACAUUCCAGGAUGGAAUUUGGAAUAAACAUCUGAAGGGCACCAGUCUUCAGCAGCCAUGCUUUCCCUGGACGAGCCGCUGGACCUGAAGCUUCCCUCCGGACGAACAGGCGGUCCUGUGAAGUUUGGAAAGCGGUCCUGUCCCUCAUCGAUCUGUGCUCCCAUCCACGCCUCGCGGCCACGCCUGCAGUGCACCACCUUCCCAUCGCCACCCUCCUCACCAGAUUCCCAGUCUUCUCAGGAGCGACCCGGCUGCUGCUUCACCCCUCCAGCCAUGGACCUCAGCAUGUCCCUGGCUUCUCAGCGGGCCCUCUCCCUGUCUCCCUCUCCGUCCUCCCCCUCGUCGCCCUGCCCUCCCUCGCCCCUGGAGUCCCCUCGCAGCAGCAGCAGCAGCAGCAGCAGCAGCAGCAGCAGCCCGCAGCCUCACCUCUUCUCUCGGGAAGCGUCGUGGCAUCACAGUGUUGACGGUGGAGCCUCCCAGCCCGGAUUUCCAUUCUACUUCCCCAUGAGGAGCCUGCAGAGGGGCUACGGCUUCUCCUCCUCUGUGUUCAUCGGCCAGCACAGAGAGAAAGCCGUUUCCCCCGAGCCCUCACAGGAAGCUCAGCUGGCCUGUCGGUGGAAGAAGUGUCACCUGCUUUUCGACUCACUCCAGGAGUUGGUAGAUCACAUCAACGACUUCCACGUCAAGCCUGAGAAAGACUCUGGGUACUGCUGCCAGUGGGAGGGCUGCGCUCGCAACGGGAGAGGCUUCAACGCCAGGUACAAAAUGCUGAUUCACAUCCGCACCCACACCAACGAGAAGCCGCACCACUGUCCCACCUGCAACAAGAGCUUUUCACGUCUGGAGAACCUGAAAAUUCACACCCGCUCCCACACAGGUGAGAAGCCCUACAUUUGUCCGUACGAAGGCUGCAACAAACGCUACUCCAACUCUAGCGACCGCUUCAAGCACACGCGCACCCAUUACGUGGACAAGCCUUACUGCUGCAAGAUGGCGGGCUGUUUGAAACGCUACACAGAUCCCAGCUCACUGCGGAAACACAUCAAGGCCCACGGCCACUUUGUCGCCCAGGAGCAGGGUCCUUCUCCCAGGCUGCGGACUGGAAUGGGGCUGGGGUUCUCUGGGCACCAAAACACCGCAGAGCUGUCCUCUGUAGGCGGGGGGCACGUCAUCCUUCCAGGAAGAGCGGCAGCUCUUCUUGGCGGCCUUGGAACGUCCUUGCCCCUCUCUGCUCUCUGCCACUCCAGGGCCUUGGAUCACCAGGGAGCACCCAUCUUCUCCAUGAGUGGAGGCGGCCGCUGUGGGAUCAGUCCACUCAGCCUUUCCGAUUCUGCGCUGUUGCACCUCAGGCUCUCUGCUGCGUCUAUGCUGGGGCUGGGGGCUCUGGGAGGUCUGGGUCAGAUGACAGGAAAGGAGUCAGAGGGAGACAAUGCAAACGAGGGGAAUAAAGAGGGCGAGGCUCUAAACCUGUCUGUCGGAGAGGGACCCAGACCGAGGGAUUCUUUGUCUUGGGUGAUUGUUCCCUCAAACACGUUUUUCCUAAAGCCAACAGCUGUUAGUUAAGCUGUGAGAGCCACCGUGAACAUCGCAGCUCUGGAGGAGCAUUGUGGAGAAUUUCAUCAGAUUUUAAUGCAACCAAAUGACAUCUUGGCAUGGCUUGCACAUUCAGAUUAGAACGUCUGUGAGUUUAGGAUGAACUUACUCGGUUACGGUAUAGUGCAAACAUUUCAGACACGCCUGGGCAAGAAUGUUUUCAAAAAUGCAAGAGGGAGUUCUCUUUGAGUUCACCUUCAAAGCAGCAUCAAUUCCCAAAAGUACCCUGGUUUUUAAAGGGGCAGUGUGAUAUGGUGUUCAUGAAAAUAAUGCCAUUUUAUAACACAAUCAAGUAACUGAGUUAACUUCAGUUGUUACAAAAAAGAUAUAUAUGUAAAUUAUAACUUGAAAGAAAUUUGACAUUGUAAUUUCUCACCUUGAAAUUGGGCCUCUGCUUGUAAAAAACAAUAAUGUAUAUAUUUUGAAAACAUUCUAAUUAAAUCUUUUUCUGAACCUGUCUACAAUAUUUGCACAGUACCGUACAUCCCUUCCCUUUACUUGAUUUUCUUGUGAUUUCCAGUUACAUUUAUCCUAGACUUUUGCCUGACAAAUCGUCUGCGUCUUUGCACUUACAAAAACGGUGGAAAAACACUUGCAAUAUAGUUACAGUAUGGAAAAAAAAACAAAAAAACAAAAACGCACUACAUGAUGAAAAUGUACUUUUGUAGCAUCAGUCACUUAAGAUCAUUGAUUAUUUUGUCAUUCGAAUUGAGCUGAUUUAACAUCCAGACCACUGAGAGCAACCAAAUAAAAGACACGGCCACUAACUUUGAAAAACAAAAGAAAAAGUCCGUAAAAGUCUGCAGUCGCUCUCAACGUCAGUUUCGUCUCAUGCCGUCCUCUUCAUCACGCAGCAGUCCAGCCUUUUGAAACCCUUUGGUUAGAUACCAGCUGCAUCUCAGUGUUCGAGCGAAACAAGCAGCUGCUGUAGAAAUUACAGUCCUCUUAAAAAGUGAAAAUUUAAUAUUUAUGAGAUAGGUUGGAGAUUAAUUGGGAGGUCAGUGCGGUUACAGCUUUACAACUUUCGUAAAUCUAAAUUUUCAAUGUGUUGCAGAAAACCUGUGCCAUGGUAACAGGGCUUCUUUGGUUUUCGUGUCAACAAAAGCAGCUGUGUGUGAAAACCUCACCUUAGCGCUGCCGCCGCCCCGCAGGAAGGAAACUAAUUAGAGUCAGAAAGGUCUAAUUAAAAAUAUUAUUUAUGAUUUGCUGCCAGUCCACCUACUGUGGAUCUCAGCUGCGUCGUCGCUUACUUUCUCUUACAGCUCUGAAUCAAACUGGCACAUUUUCAUGACUACAGUGCAUGACGGCGAGUCAGAAUACAGACGACAUUGCGAUGUUUUUUCUUUCUUUUUUCAGAUCACAACAGGAAAAUGAAAUAAUUUGACGCAACUGAAUGUAGGGUUAUGGUGAACUCCUGUAUUUAGGGAUCUUUUUUUUUAACGACAGCUUAUUUGUCGCUGCAUUCAAAGACAACGAUCUAGGCAGGAUCAGCCCAGCACCUUUUCAACGACAGAUUGAUCAUCAAGAAAGACAAAGGUGUGUGUGUGUAAAUGCACAUCUGCUUCAAGUGACUGUUAAUAUGAAGAAAAGCAGAUUGUAAGACACUGAAUGAUAUCUUGAAUAUCCUCAGAGUGUAAGAAAUAAACCAAACAAACAAACAAACAUCCACAACCACAUUAAAACCCAUCUGCAUGUAGUUGCAUGUUAGGAAUGUGGAUGUUUUACGUAAACCA